AUGGCUAGCAAAGACUUCCCUCCUCCCCCAACCUCCGCCAUCGACUGGAAGAACGUCGGCUUCAAGGUCAGAGAAGUCAGCGGCCAUGUCGAAUCGCACUUCUCUCACUCAGCCGGAGGCCAGUGGUCGCCUCCUCGCUUCGUCGAGUCGCCCUACCUGCAGCUGCACGGCAUGGCGCCGGCCCUCAACUACGGCCAGCAAGCCUACGAGGGGAUGAAGGCCUUCCGCCAUCCUCCCUCCGCCGCCCAUCCGAACGGCCGCAUCGCCAUCUUCAGGCCAGACCGCAACGCUGCCAGGCUGCACCGCUCUGCAGAGUUCGUCUCCAUCCCGCCCGUGCCUGCAGACCAUUUCGUCGACUGCGUGCGCCGCGCCGUCAGUGCCAACGCUGCCUUUGUGCCUCCCCACGAGACGCGGGCGGCCAUGUACAUUCGUCCGUUGGUGAUGGGCAGCUCGGCACAGCUGGGCCUCGUGCCGCCGGACGAGUAUACGUUCGUCGUCUUCGUCAUGCCUACGGGUGUGUACCAUGGCGUCCACGCCGUGGAUGCCCUGGUGCUCGAGGACUUUGACCGGUCCGCGCCAGAAGGGACGGGCUCGGCCAAGCUGGGUGGCAACUAUGCCCCCGUACUUCGACACAGUGACCAGGCCAGGGCCGAAGGGUACGGCAUCACCCUGCAUCUAGACAGCAGGACCAGGUCGGAGAUCGAUGAGUUCUCCACCUCUGCCUUCAUCGGUGUGCAAAAGGACAAGAAGACCGGCGCCAUCACCCUCGUCUUCCCGGAUAGCAAGAACGUCAUCGACAGUGUCACUGCGGCUUCGGUGCGCGAGAUCGGAGAGCAUAUGCUCGGCUUCAGGGUCGAGAAGCGGGCGGUUCUCUACGACGAGCUGGCGAGCUUCGACGAAGUCAUGGCGGCUGGGACGGCGGCGGCCCUGGUGCCCAUCAGGAGCAUUACGAUGAGGUCUAAGGGAGACAAGUUCGAGUUCGAUGCCGGUGCCGGCGGCGAGGGAGGAGAGGUCUUCAGGCAACUGAUCAAGACCCUCCAGGGCAUCCAGAUGGGUGAAGUCGAAGACAAGUUUGGAUGGCUUGUUGACGCUGAGCCACUGGAGCCAGGCUGGGCUCACGAGUAA